GAAUAAACUGGGAAGCGUGAAUUUGACGAGCUCUUAGAGCCUGUUUAGCGCUAUAGAUGUUCGAUUGGAUUCUCUGAUCCUCAUGAGUCGGCUUUGCUUGUUGUUGACAACAAGCCGCGCAUCACAACAGGCAGGAGCGUCCAAGUCUGGGGCGUCAUUAAUCGCUCUAUAGUCAACCCAACAUUCAGCCCCUCACCAUCACUUGUCUGCCUAUCACACACAAAAUGGCUACCUCGAUCAAAGUCACUGCGGCGAAGAUAGUGGAGCAGAGAACUCAUCAGAUAUCUGGUAAACUGAAGGUCACUGAACAUUUCUUUGAUGUUCCCAAAGACUACUCGAAACCAAGUUCUGGCACAAUUCGCAUCUUUGCUCGCAGUGUCCGAAAGCAUGAGUCUCCAGCGGAUCCCAGUGAUCAUGACGACAAGAAGAGCCAACUGCCGUGGAUGGUCUUCCUGAACGGUGGCCCAGGAGGAGCUUGUCGGCAUCCAAACGCUUAUCCCUUCACAUGGACCAUUCUGGACAAAGGAUACCAAAUGCUGUACCUCGAUCAGAGAGGCACUGGCCUCAGUACGCCAAUCACACCCAGCACUCUAGGCCUGCGUGGAGAGAAUGAUGUACAGGCAAGAUAUCUCAAGCUUUUCAGAGCCGAUAGUAUUGUAAGAGAUUGUGAGGCCAUUCGACAAUCUCUCACAGCAGACUACCCUCCUGAGAAGCAAAAGUGGUCCAUCAUGGGCCAGAGUUUCGGUGGCUUCUGCAGCAUCACGUAUCUCUCGUUCUAUCCACAAGGACUCCGCGAGGCGUUCAUCUAUGGUGGCCUCCAACCGCUAGUCAAGCAACCCGACCCAGUAUACAGAGCACUGUACAAGAGAGUGGCCAAACGCAACCAGAACUACUACAGCAAAUAUCCCGAGGAUAUCGACAGAGUCAAGACGAUAGUAAAGUACAUCCAACGUUUCGGUGACGGUACUAUCAAAUUGCCCUCUGAAGGUCACUUGACUGCAAGACGCUUUCAGCAGAUAGGUAUCAUGUUCGGAAUGCAUGGUGGCAUCGACUCGGUGCACGAGAUUGUGCUGCGUGCUGCCUAUGAUAUCGAGGCAUUUGGUCACUUGACAAGAGGCGCGCUCUCUGCUAUUGACUCAAUCCUGUCCUUUGACGAAGCACCCAUCUAUGCCAUCUUGCACGAGCAGAUUUACUGCGAGGGCAAAGCACCCAACUGGUCAGCUGAACGCAUGCGUAACGAGUUCCCCGAGUUUGAGAUUACUUCUGAUGGACCAAUCUACUUCACUGGAGAGAUGGUCUUCAGCUGGAUGUUUGAGGACUACAGCGAGCUGCGCAAAAUUCAGGAUGUCGCCAACCGAGUAGCAGCAGACGCAGAUUGGCCAGCGUUGUUCGACGAAGAGCAGCUCAGCAAGAAUGAAGUGCCUGUGUACGCAGCCGUGUACCAGGAAGAUAUGUACGUCGACUACGACUACUCUCGCGAGACGGCUGAGAAGAUCAAGGGUUGCAAGACCUUCACGACCAAUGUCAUGUACCACAAUGCAAUUCGCAGCAAGGCAGACGAGGUCAUCAGACAACUGUUUGAUCUGAGAGACGACGUUAUCGACUAGACGUUCAGUAGCAAGGGUAGAGACGGGUACAGAGAUAGAGCGAAGAAGAAGUUCUCGAAGAUCAAGGGAACAUGCUUGAUCAUGUAGAGUAGCAGAUGGUCGAAUGCGAAUAUGGUAGAGCUUGGAUGGUCCAAGCUCAACAUGUC